CCAUUCUACGCUUCGUUUUGAACAGCCUUCCAUCUUUUGGCUCGGGGUACCAAAGGCGGGAGAUCAGAAAUACAUACAGACACAGAGAGAGGAGAGAGAAUUCCCAAGAAAACCAAAAAGAAAAGGAGAGAAAGUGCCGAGAAAAUGGGAGACGCGAUGGAAACACUUCAGUCUUCAGACACCGUAGACCUUGACACCAUUCGGAGUCGAAUAAAGGAGCUAAGAGACAUCCAUGGAAGCUCCAACGACGUCCCAGAAUUACGCCCUUCAGAUUCAGAGCGAUUGCUCAAAGACUGUGCUCUUCAGCUCGAGAGCAAAAUUAAUCAAGUUCUAUCAGAGUUCUCAGAUAUUGGGUCUUUAGCUUCUGAAGAUUUAGAUGCAUAUUUGGGAAAAGUGAAAGAGGAACUCAACUCUGUGGAGUCUGAAAAUGUUAGAAUUUCAAAUGAAAUUGAGGAUCUUACGAGAUCGUACAUUAAAGAUUCUAGUCAGCUGGAGAUCGAGCUUGAAGGGUUGAAUUGUUCCUUAGACUGCAUUGCUUCGCUGGGUACUGAGAAAGGAAAAGCUGAUGGAUAUGUUGAUUGCUCUUCAGAUGGAGAAGUGGCGUUGUUAAAUGCAAAGGCAGAUUACAAGUUUAAGAUGUUGGAACUUAGCCACCAGAUUGAGGAGCAUGAAAUAACUCUGAGUUCGUUGCAAAAUCUUGAUGGCAUUUUGAAGAGGUUCGAGGCUAUAGAAAAGAUUGAAGAUGCAUUGACAGGUCUUAAAGUAAUUGAAUAUGAAGGAAACUGCAUUAGGUUGUCAUUAAAGACAUGCAUUCCAAAUUCAGAAAGCUUAUUGUUCCAACACAAAAUUGAAGAUAUUGCUGAGUCAUUGGAACAGAAUCAUGAAUUGAUAAUAGAAGUUGUGGAAGGGACAUUGGAUCUAAAGAGUGUCGAGAUUUUUCCAAAUGAUGUAUGCAUAGGUGAAUUAAUUGAUGCUGCAAAAUCUUUCAGGCAGUUGUUUCCAGAUACGUCAAUGCUGGAGACUAGGUCUUCGUUGGAGUGGUUUAUAAGACGUGUGCAAGAUAGAAUUGUUCUAUGCACACUAAGGCGAUUGUUGGUGAAUUUUGCAAAUAAAUCAAGGCACUCUUUUGAGUAUUUAGAUAGGGCUGAGAUAAUAGUUGCCCAUAUGGUGGGUGGAGUUGAUGCUUCCUUUAAGAUGGCUCAAGGUUGGCCAGUGUCAAAUCAUGCAUUAAAGCUGAUAUCACUCAAGCGCUCCAGUCAAUAUUCAAAGGAAAUUUCACUGAGCUUUCUCGGCAAGGUUGAGGAAGUGGCAAAUUCGUUGGAUGCACAUAUGCGACAAAACAUUUUAAGCUUUGUGGAUGCUAUUGAAGAAAUGCUCAUGCAAAGAAUGAACACAGAAUUGCAAUCUGACAUUAGUUCUGAGAAUUGACUGCUUUUAAGCUCCAGAAGUGAUGGUGUUUGAUCAUUUGCAGAAUAACGUGGAGCUAUAGUCCAGUUUUAUCAGAUGUGUUGCAACAAGGAACUUCUUUGGAGAAUGACAACGAGAAAUGGACAAUUAAUUCAAACGGACCAUGGAAGGCAAACCAUCUAGGGCGGGUACUGGUUUUAUUAUUAAUAAUCCAAUUGGAAGUCAACAAAAACUUCGAAGGAGGAUUAAUGGUGUCAUACUUGCUUGAAGCUUCAUUAACAUGACAGUUUAAAGUUUUUGUACUUUGUAUACUUGAUUCCUUAGAGCUUCUAUAGUAUUAGUCAGCAGAUGGUCUUCCAGAUAAGUUAAAGUUUGUACUUCCUGUAUUGUUUUCUGAGGGUUUGGGGGGGCUGUUGUGCAUACUGCACACCCCUCCGGAUUUUUGUGAUCUUUUCCGCAAGCUAUUGGAUUUGAUUCACAGCACAAAGCCCACUUCGCUCUUA